UCUUCGCGUCACUCAUUCCUCGCUUUUAUUAUCUCCCAACCCCCGCCCCGCCAAACUCCCUCUCUCUCUCUCUCUCUGCAAUUUAAGACAAACGGAUUAGGGGGUAGGAUUUUCUCGGACCAAGUUUUCCGAGAAAGUCCAAGAAAGUCGGAAAAGGAAACACACGCAGGAUUUCUUUUUAUCUUUAAGAUCUGCAUUCCCAAUCUUUUGUAAGGUAACAUUUGUCAUUUUCAGCUAAGAUGAGUUCGAGUAAUGGGAAGGUUCACUCAGAGACUUGCAAUGGAGGAAAUGCGAAUAAACCCUUCAAGAUCUUCGUGGGUUAUGAUUCACGCGAGGAUAUUGCUUACCAGGUCUGCCGCAACUCGAUCUUGAAGCGGUCCUCUAUUCCCAUUGAGAUCAUACCGAUAAUACAAUCAGAUCUGAGAAAAAGUGGUUUAUAUUGGCGCGAAAGAGGCCAAGUCGAGAGCACUGAGUUCUCGUUUACUCGGUUCUUGACACCAUACUUAGCCAAUUAUGAGGGUUGGGCAGUGUUUGUGGACUGUGAUUUUCUGUACUUGGCAGACGUUAAGGAAUUGAGGGACUUGGCCGAUGACAGAUAUGCAGUUAUGUGUGUUCACCAUGACUAUACCCCAAAAGAAUCCACGAAAAUGGAUGGUGCGGUGCAAACAGUAUAUCCUAGGAAGAAUUGGUCUUCCAUGGUGCUUUACAAUUGUGGACAUCCCAAGAACCGGGUUUUGACCCCUGAGGUUGUGAAUACACAAACGGGUGCUUUUCUUCAUCGGUUUCAGUGGCUGGAGGAUGAUGAUAUUGGUUCCAUACCAUGUGUUUGGAAUUUUCUUGAGGGCCAUAACAAGGCCCUUGAGAAUGAUUCCAUGACUUUUCCCAAGGCGAUACAUUAUACACGGGGAGGGCCAUGGUUUGAGGCUUGGAAGAAUUGUGAGUUUGCAGACCUGUGGGUAAAAGAAAUGGAGGAAUACAUGAAUGAAGCAAAGAAGAAUAUUGAUGAGUAGAAUGAACUAGCAGGUUGUGUUAUUCAUUUAUAUUAUAGAAUUGUUAGUAAAGUAGAUGUCUUCACGCUGUAUUCUUUAUGUUGUAUUUGUUAUGUAAGUUCUAUUGCUAAUGAUGAUUUCAUUGAGAGUAGAAGCAUGGACAUUACAGGCUUAUAUGUAAUGCUUCUGUGGUAGUUCUUUGUACUAGUUAUUACAUGGGUAGUGCAGGGAAGUAUAUGCCUUGUAUAUGUUUGAUUGUUUAUUUGUUAAACUACCACAUUCAGGUGUAACUUUUUAGUUACUUAUGUAUUAGAAUUUAUUCUUUCUAUCAAAGUAUUUUACUUUUCA